AUGAAUCAUAUUAUUCAACAACCAAAGACCAAUCAAAAAUAAAAGAAAGUUUCUAAAGUAGUAUUGGCACAUCCAGAAAUUCAACAAAACAAGACUCUUGAUAAAUUAGAAAGUAAGGAAAGGAAAUUGGUUAAUUUGAAUAUACUAUAAUAAAUAAAUUAUUUAAUUCAUUAGCAUGUAGUAGAAUCUUUAUUUAAAGAAUUUUCGAUAUAUUAACAUCAAAUUAGUUUAGGAAGUGUUAAAUUAAUGCAUGAUGAUUAUGAAUUCACUUUCUUAAAAUUGCAAGUUUUGAGAGAAAUGCUAGCAAAAGAUUUCAAUGAUCAUACUAGAUAAAAUGUACCUUAUAGUGAAUAGUUUUAAACCGGAGUUAAAAAAAUUGUUAAAGAUUAGAAAGUGGAUGUCAAAAAUGAGUAAGAUUUCCUAAAUUCUCAUGAAAUUAUUUUAUAAUUAUAUUAAAAUCAUAUAAUAAUGAUAAAUAUUAAAUUUUGUGCUAAAAUUACCAUCAAAUAACAAUUUUCGAAUUAGUUGCAAUUGACAAAAGAAAUUGAAAAAAGUAAACGAUAUGCUUGA